AGGGGUAGCGGCGGCGCCUGCGGCCUGGGAGCGCGGCGGCUUUGAGGGCGCGGGAGCCCUACCUAACGCCGACGAGGGCAGGCAGGAGGGUGGGAAAGCCGGCAGGAGCGGAGGGAGGCGCCGAAGGAAGGCGGCGCGUGGCUGACUCAUCCCUCUGGAAGAUCAAACUGACAGAGACAAACCCUAGCCAAACCCGCCCGCCCGCGCCGCCCCUCCUCAGCCGGGAGGCGCCCGCCCGCACCGCCUGCCCGCCCUCUCCCGGCCCGGCCGCCUCACAGAAAGUUUCUCUCGUCCGAGGGACCGACGCCGCCGCGGGCCUUUCGGAAGGGCAGGGGGACCGAAAAGGAGGCGAUCUCCGCGCGGGCCCGGGGAGUGCAUGGUGCCCGGCGCCUCAGCUGCCAGUCAGGAGGACAUCGGGGCGGGGUCCGGCCGAGCCUAGCUCCUUCUUCCCCCUGCCUCGCCAGAAAUCGCCCUCCCGGACUGCCGCGGGGGUCCCCGCUCCUCAGCCCGCCAUGUCCCGGCUGCUGCCGCUGCUGAGGAGCCGGACCGCACGCAGCCUGAGGCCGGGCCCGGCCGCCGCCGCCGCCGCCGCGCCCCGCCCGCCGUCCUGGUGCUGCUGCGGGCGGGGGCUGCUGGCGCUCGCGGCCCCCGGCGCCUCGCGAGGGCUGGGCACCCACCCCAAGAAGGAGCCCAUAGAGGCGCUGAACACGGCGCAGGGCGCGCGCGACUUCAUCUACAGCCUGCACUCCACGGAGAGGAGCUGCCUGCUCAAGGAGUUGCACCGCUUCGAGUCCAUUGCCAUCGCGCAAGCAUGCAGAUAUCCCAAACCUGAAAUUGCCAUUGUGAAGCAAGCAAAGAAGGUAUCAUCAGCAGAGACCCCUGAUAGUUUUGGUAUUUCAAGAUGUUCCAGUCAACUGACAAGGACUUCUCCUCACAGUGUCAGAACUGUAGUGAUGAUGAGAGUAAUGCAACUAGCAAAUAGUUCUGAAAAGUUGGAAGCUGCACCACCCACCCCAGGACAGCUGAGAUACGUAUUCAUCCACAAUGCGAUACCUUUCAUAGGGUUUGGCUUUUUGGAUAAUGCAAUAAUGAUUGUUGCAGGAACCCAUAUUGAGAUGUCUAUUGGAAUUAUUUUGGGAAUUUCAACUAUGGCAGCUGCUGCUUUAGGAAAUCUUGUGUCAGAUUUAGCUGGACUUGGACUUGCAGGCUAUGUUGAAGCUUUGGCUUCCAGAUUAGGCCUAUCAAUUCCUGAUCUUACACCAAAGCAGGUGGACAUGUGGCAAACACGUGUUAGUACACAUUUUGGCAAAGCUGUUGGGGUGACUAUUGGCUGCAUUCUAGGAAUGUUUCCUUUGCUUUUCUUUGGAGGAGGUGAAGAAGAUGAAAAACUGGAAAAGAAAAAUUAACCCUAUUAGAAUACCUAUAAAAAGAUGUAAACUAAUGUACCUCAAUUACUAAAUAUGCUGUCACAACAUUUAGGAAUUAAGACAAUAACAGUGUAUAGAUACGGGAUCAAAUAAUUCAGCAUGUAUUACGGAAAACACUAACUUAUUGUGGCUUGGUUUUCUUAGGACAUCUUUUUAAAAAAUGUUUAGUAUCCAUUUUGUGUAAAUUGUUGAAAUGCUUUUUCAUCAAUGGCAGUCAACAUUUUACCUUUUUCUUUAUAUAUCAAAAUAUCAUUUAAGUAUCAGUCAUUGAUGUACUGUACUAAGUUGGGGUUUGCAUAUUUGUUACUUCAUGUGUGUGCAUGCAUGAAAGGAUCUUCUGUCGUUGCUGUUGUUCUCUAGUUACAACUCAGCCUUGAGAUUUUUGCGACAUUACUUAAGAUGUAUAAUAUAAGUUAAAGGUUUUUUUUUACUCUAUUUGGGCAACAUCAAUUUUGUACUGUUUUACAUUGAACAUUUACAAUCAUAUAAUUUUAGUCAUUUUUUAAACUCUUAGUCGUUUCAAGGUAGAUAUACACUUUAAGUAUUUUAAGUAUCUGUUAUUCACUUUAAUUUUCUGACCUCAAUGUCUCAAGAGCCAGAGGUUAAUCAGAAUGAGUAAUUAUGUGAUGUCCUUACUACAUAAAACCAUAUAUGUUAGUAAGUGUAUUAUUUUCAGUUGAAAUUUUUUAUCUUUAAUUUCUCAAUUUUAAAUCAUUACAUGGUAGCUUCUGCUCCAAGAAAAUGAUGAUUUUAGGGUCCUUUAUAAAUGGGGAUUGUGGAAUUAGGGCAAAAUAAGGAGCUUGACAUGACACUUGGAAAUUAAGAGGCUAAAAAACUUUUUUAGAGAAAAAGAAAAUGGGAACUGUUGAGAAGGCUUAUGGUAUAAGUGGUAAAGUUGAAGUCAUGUUUGGAAGGUUAACGAGAUACAAAUUCUGUUGUUUGGGAUGGAUUUCUUUUUCCCCAAAACAUCUUCUCAUCUGAAUGAAUCUGAAUACUCCAUACUCAUAAUCCUGAUGUCUUAUCACAUAAAAGUUUUAUUUCUGGAUAAUUUACUUUGAGGUGAAGACUAAAUAUUUUAUAUUUUGCUUUUUGGCUAUGAAUAGUAAUCAAAAGUUACGUGAGGAGAAAUCUUUUUUUUUUUUGUCUUUUUUCUUCUUUGAUGAUGUUUAAAUAAUAUUCUAGGUUGAAAUUGCUGAUUUUCAGCCUUGCAUAUCCGACAUAUAUAGUACAACUAUAUAUGAGUCAUAAAUUUUAUGAGCCCUUAAAGUUUGUUAGCAUGUGGUCUUUUAUAUAAAUGCUAAAAAAUUACUCUUACUUGUAAAAGUAAACUCAUCAUGGAGGAGAAAAACUGAAAUUAAGGUAACUAUUUGUUGCAAAAGAAGGAAAACUUCUUAAGUGGAUGGAUUUACACUUACCUUAGCUUAAAAUUUACUUGCACAUAUUACUUUGACCUCUUAUUUUGAGAAGGGCUGUUUUUCCCCCACAAGGCAAUUUGUCAUAAAUUACCCUCUGUGCACUUGAAAAUAGCUUAGAGCUAUCCUUUAAUCAUAGAUUUUUUAGAGAAAAGAAGAAAAUAAAUUAUAAUAUAAAAAUAAAUAUAUAACAUUCUUACUGUGUACAAAUAAUACAAUAGUCUCAUUUGAUCAAAUUAGAAUUACAGAACUUGACUUCUUAAACAGAAUCUUGGUCUUUAUCUUCCACAUAGUACUACAUACACACCAAAAAGAAUUUUUAAAAUUAUUUUAGCUGAUAGGGUUAGAGUGCUAAUUUAAACAACUUUUUUUUAAUGUUUAAGUGCAUUUGUUCCUAACUUGUAUAUUGCCAGUCCUUUCUGUUUUCUAAAAACUAUUUUGUUGUGGUGCUUAAAUUUUCUUCUUAUUAAUUAAAUCCCAUACCCAGAAAUCUUGCCUGUAAGUUUAGAAAGGGCUUUGAUUAUUGGUUUUCACUUUUUGCUCUUGAAAAUAAUCCAGUCCUACAGAAGCUUUCAGUUUAGCCGAAUGUCUGAAGAAUUAUUUAAGGUGUCAAAACAUAGCAUAUAUAACCUUCAUGUUGAAAGAUAUUUUAAUUUGGGGGCAUAAUAUAUAUUUGAAUCAUUCAGAUAAUUAACUUUCAAAAAAUGGAGCCCUUUUGUCCUUAUCUAAGGUACACAUCUUUUCAAGAUCUUAAUUCUACAUGAGUAUUGGUGCUUUGCACAAAGUGAUUUCUGAAAAAUGGUUCCCUUUAAGAGAAUGACUUCAUAAAACCAUAGUUUCAUGGUACUUGUCACAAAUAACCUUAUUUCAGAUUGAAACUGGAAUCUUAUUUCUCAUAAUAGCUAUUUCUUUAUUGGAAGCACCAUAACUAUAGUUAAAUCAACAUGAGCUACUUUAGUACUGUUCAUUUAAAAUUCAUGUUGUCUGUGUAUCAUGAUUUAUUGACUUGUUGAUGCAUGUGAAUUGAGUGCAUUUUGUUGCCACUGUAUGUUAAAUGGUGACCAAUGUUUUUACAAAGGAAUUGAAAAAAAAAAUCUUUUAAGAAAUUUGGAAUGUGGUUUUGAUUUUGAAAUUUGACUUUCUUCCUAAUCUCUAUGGGAAGGCUCUGGUUAUUCUGUCACUAAAGGAAAUAGAAUAAAUAAAUGAGGAUUUUUUAUAGGAUUGUAGCAAUGUCACUGAGACAGUAAGAUGGAGCUAUUUACUACCUCCCUGAAAUCCAUACUGGAGAUCCAUUACAGAUUAUGAGAGAAGAAUGAUCCUAUAUUAAGACAAUUGGAUCUUUAAUAGGAUGUCAAAAAUAACUCUAGAGAGGUUGGCAUAAAUCACACUGAUGGGUCUUUACAGCAGAGAUAUCCAGGCCUUCUGUAAAAUAAAUGCCUCAUUUACUCCUUUUUUGUAGGAGGGAAAUUUUGAAAGUAAUGGGAGUUUAUCUUUCACACAAAAAGUUUAUGUAAACCAUUUUGAAGUAAAUCUUCCUAAUUUUAGAACUUUAUUUUCUUCCUAUCUGAAAAGAAUGUAUUAAAUGGAAUGUCAUUUUUUUCUUAGUGGCUAAGCACCAUCCCCAUGGACAUUAUUAUUAUGCUGUAAGGCAGUGCCUCAGGAAAACUUCCAUUUUCCUCCCAUCUUUUUACUGCUCUGAGCUUUUGGCAAUGGCCUUCUCUCUCUAACUUGCCACUUCUCAGCUAUAUGGACUUAGCAACUAGAUAGCCAGUCUUACCAGGAAUUUUUUGGGAAAUAUUAGGCUGUGGAACCUCAGUGAGAUGAUGAUGGUGAUAAUGAUGAUAAUAAUGUUAGCUUCCUUUUAUUAAGCACUUUCUUGCUGUCAUGUAAGUGUUUUACACACUUCAUCACAUUUAAUCACUUUAAUGACGUUAAGUUGGUGCUAUUAUUGUCCCUAUUUUUUACUGGGUAAAUUUUAUGUGGAAAGUUAGUAGCAGACCCAUGAGGUCACUACUAAUAAGUGGACUGGAAUCCAACUUGGUCCAGGUUUAAAGCCUGUGUUACUAUGCAAUAGGGCAUCAGUUGAAUGGACUUUGUAACAUCUCUUCUCUGCUUAGGUUCCUUUUUACCUUCAGAUUUGUGGAGUUAGUUGUUUUCUUACCAAAAACCAAAGGUACUUAUAAUCUCAAUGUUCAUUUAAGAAAUUCUGUGCAUACUACGUGCUCAGAAGUGUUCAAGAAACAGUGAACAGCCAGAACAUUCUCAUUCUCCUUAAGUUUAUUCUGGGAAGGGGAGACAUCAGUCGGGCAAAUAUACAUUUAAAUAUUUUUUAUUGCAGAUAGUGGUAAGUUCCAGAGACAAAUGAAACAUGGUAAGGGGCAUGGAAAGUACUGGUGUGCAUAUGAGGGUUUAUUUUUAUAGAGCGGUCAGGGAAGACCUGAAAGAAGUGAAGACAUUAACAAUACAUGUUAUGGAAAUCUCAGACAUGUGAGGUAUGUUUCACUUGGGAAUGUAUUGUAAAAUUUGUUUUGCACUAUUAAGACUUUCUGGAUUAAAUCUAAAUAAUAUUUAAAUAUUAGAAUUGAUAAUCCCUGCAUAUUUACUGACAGCAGUAGAUGGAAAUGGCCCUGAAGCCUGGGGAAGCUGCCUGGGAAUUCAUACUGUAUAUGGAUAACCCAUCUGCAGAUUAUUUAGGGUUUGUCAUGUGGUCAUCAUGAAAUCUUACUAACAGAUCACAUGUUUUUACCAAAGCAAUAAAUGCUGUUGGUAUAUGAGUUGUAACACUGAAAUUGGUUUCUCUUCUUUAACUUUUAGAAAUGAAGUUCUACUUAAAGCAAGGACAUAAAACAUUUUAAUUUUGAAGCUUCAGGACUUUUAGUGUCUACCGAUCUUGUGCUGACAGCAAUAUGAAGCACAUGGUGUUGUGUAUUGGUUUUUAUAAUAAAAUUUAUGACAUCAAACAUGUUAA